CGUAACUCCGGAUGCACGCGGCGGUAGCGUCCGCCAGUCAGACUCUUGCCGCCGUUCUUGGUGUGUGUGUGUGUGUUGUUUACAAGCCAGCCUGGUGGGGUGGGGGUGAAAAAGAAACACGCCAGAGUGUAGUGUCCACUACGGUGGAGUGGAGUGGAGGUUCCGUUCUGCAUGGAGCUGCGCGCCGACUCGGUGGUGGCGAGUUUGGAGAUGUCGGCGCUGCAAGGCGGAGAUGGGGACGGGGACGGCAGCGACAGCGCGUGCUCCGAGGCCGACACUUAUGAGAGUUUGCCGCUGCACGCGUCCUUCAGCACGCACAUGACAGCCGGCGCCGUAGCCGGAGUGCUCGAGCACACGGUCAUGUACCCGGUGGACUCUGUUAAGACUCGCAUGCAGAGUUUACAGCCAGACCCCAAGGCUCAGUACCGCAGCGUGUACGGGGCUCUGAAACAGAUCGUGACCACCGAAGGCGUCCUGCGGCCCCUCAGAGGCCUCAACAUCACCGUGCUGGGGGCGGGUCCGGCUCACGCGCUCUACUUCGCGUGCUACGAGCGCAUCAAGCACAGCCUCAGCGAUGUCAUUCAGAACGGCGGCAACAGCCACAUCGCCAACGGGGUGGCAGGAAGCGUCGCUACUGUGCUCCACGAUGCCGUCAUGAACCCUGCUGAAGUGGUGAAGCAGCGCAUGCAGAUGUAUAACUCGCCAUACCGAGGCCUGUGGGACUGCGUGCUGACAGUAAGCCGCAACGAGGGCGUGGCCGCCUUCUACCGCAGCUACAGCACACAGCUCACCAUGAACAUCCCCUUCCAGGCUCUGCACUUCAUGACGUACGAGCUGAUGCAGGAGCGCCUCAACCCACAGCGCCAGUACUGGCCAGGAACGCACAUGGUGUCGGGCGCAGCAGCCGGCGCCGUGUCGGCGGCUCUCACCACGCCGCUCGACGUGUGCAAGACGCUUCUGAACACGCAGGAGGACGUGGCGUUAAAUUCGGCGCGUGUCAGCGGACAUCUUUCCGGCAUGGCCAAUGCCUUCAGGACAGUCUACAGCCUGGGAGGCUUUCCCGCCUUCUUUAAAGGCGUGCAAGCGCGCGUCAUUUACCAGAUGCCUUCGACGGCCAUUGCGUGGUCCGUCUACGAGUCCUUCAAGUACUUCCUGACCCGGAAUGAAGAGAACAGCUCGGGACGGGACAGAACCAGGCGGACAUGAAGAGCUCGGAAAGAACUUGUAGACCAAAUCUGCACAAAUUCCAGAGGGGCUGUCGUCUCUGGGGGGUUCAGUUUAAACUACUUUAUUUAUUGGAAGACGUUAUUGCUGUUACAAACAGGAAAAUGUAUCUUGGCAAAUAAAGUCACUGCUAAAACACGCACAAAUAUUGACUAACAACAAAAGGAGCGAUUUUGGAUCUCCCGUCACGUAACGCCAGCACUUAGUGUCUGAGUUGUUAUUUUUAUCAUAAUGAGAUUGGUUUAUUUGCUAAGUAAACUGAUCAGGCUCUGUGUCGGCGUUGAGUGAGUGGUUGCUGCCAAAGCAGCCCUUUGGACUCGGACCCAGAUUUGCAUACUUUCUUUCCAUAUGUGAUCCUACGUCCAUGCGUUUAGAGUUAUACAUAGGAAAUGUUUUUUUUUUUUUUUAAGCUUCUUGGGAUGUUGGAAGUCAUGUAGGUCUUUUGUUUGUGACCAGCUUUGAAUUUUACACAUGUGGUUAUCACCGCCUGUACUUUAUACACGUGCUUCAACUACAGCCCUUUAUACUCUUAGCAUCUAGUCGGCAACAUCCCGUAGUUUAAACUCCUGACGUUUAGCUUGUAGCUUAAAUACGGUGAACUACUGACAGGUAUGUCAAGAGGCUUUAAUAUGAGAGACAAAAAAAUGUAUUGAAACAUGUUAGCAUUGUUAUAUGCUAUACUACUA